AUGAGUGCCUUGAUCGAGCCCGAAAAUGACGCCGGCCCUGCAAAAGAUGUUGCAGAGGUCACGGUAUUGGAUGCACCCGCCUCAGAUAGCGCUGAGGACAGGGCUGCUUUUUUCCGUUCUUUUACCCCGGAAGAACACAAACGAGCCGUGUGGAAAGUCGACAUCCGUAUAUUGUGGCUGUCAGGUUGCAUGAUGGUGAUCAAGAAUCUCGGUUCUGCCAAUGCUGCAAACGCAAGGGUAAUGCAAUCUAAACAGCCGACAAAUAUUCAGGUUCAGUUGGGCAUGUCCGACUUUGACUAUAACUGGGUUUCGUCUAUUUUUUAUAUUGCUCUCAUCAUCUGCGAAAUCCCUAGCAAUCUGAUGCUCAAGUACUGGAAGCCCCGCAACUGGCUAUCUCGAAUCAUGGCCACUUGGGGCAUCGUUGUUGCGUGCCACGCAGCUAUGAGUAACAAGGAGGGCUACUAUGUCUUGCGAUUUGUCCUGGGAGCGAUGGAGGCUGGGUUAUUCCCUGGAAUCAUCACACAUUUCUCUUCCUGGUACCGUAACGACGAGUUGGAGAAACCCAUCAUGUGGAUGUUAUCUAUUAAUCAAGUAUCUGGCAUUGCUAGUUCCAUGUAUGCUUACGGAGUCUCAUACAUGGACGGAAUGCAAGGCCUGAGCGCAUGGCAGUGGCUUUUUAUCCUUGAAGGAAUCACGACAGUCCUUUUCGCUGGCGUCGUUUUUCUUGUUCUGCCCGAUUAUCCAGGAUCUGCCCGUUCUAGAAAGUGGCUCACCCCGAGAGAGCAGACCUACCUUGAGCUGCGACUUAUGGACACGGCUCCCAAAGAGGAUGAUCCCACCUUCAAUACAGGCGAGGUUUUCGAUGCACUCCGUGAUCCUCGCACCUAUCUAUUCUCUGUUGCACACUUCUGCCUUAAUCUGGCGCAAUAUGCUCUGAGUUGGCAGCUCCCUACAAUCACUACCUCUCUUGGCUUUGUCGCUCUUCCGAAGAAUCAGCUGCUCAACAUCCCUCCUUGUCUAACCGGAAUCAUACUUACCAUCAUUGUGUCCUACCUGAUUAAACAAGCCUACAUGCCUAGACCGGCAUAUGUCAUCAUCAUCAUAACAACGUUGAUUGUAUUCUUCGGCAUAUUGGCCGCACCCCUCAGUAAUGGCGGCAUCUAUGCUGCCUGCAUCAUUGCCACCGGCUUUACAGCCGUUUUCACGGUCCCCUUCUUUGCUUGGCGAGCAUCAUCGUUGAAGGGAUCCACGGGCACAGCAUUCACCACGGCUUUCCAGCUUACCUUCAGUCAGGCGGGAGGAGUCAUUGCCCCGCAGCUCUUCCAGGCAAAGUACUCAGCCGACCACUACCGAGUCCCCUUCUCGAUUUGUACCGCGUUCCUGGUACUUUCACUGCUGCUGUUCUUUUGGUGCUGGUGGACGACCCGUCAGCUCGAGUCUGAAAUAAACCGGGUCCGCCGCCUCAGGAUCAAAGCAGCUAGAGAGGGCAGGAUUUAUGAUGGUGUGGACGCGCAGGUUGAAGAUAUCAGGACUGCCCACAACGGCCGUUUGAAGAAUGACUCGGGUCCAUCUGUUGUCUCUACUGUCUGA